AUGAUCCAUAUAUGGAAAUUGAUGGAAAACGACUGGAAAUCAUCGCUAAAUUACUAUAUUCGCAAUGGUUUCAAACCACAUCCGUACUAUUAUAAUUGUUCUAGAAUUGAAGAUUCUUAUGCUAUUGGGGAGACAAGACAUUUUGCUGGACUUUAUUUUAUGAGUGUUGGAGUUUUGAUAUUGAGCAUCUACCUCCCUUGUCUCUUCGUGAUCUCUCGCUCGGAUCUAAUGAAAUCCUCUUGCUACAAAAUAAUGCUCUAUCUGGGUCUCAUGGACACUUGCUGCCUAACUGUCAACUCUCUAGUCACCGGAUACCUCGGAUUCAUUGGAGCAACAUUUUGCUCCUUCCCUCGUAUUAUCUUCCUAGCUGGAUCCAUUGGUUGCGGAUGUUGGAUGGGUUCCUGUGCCACGUGUAUUCUUCUAGCAGUCAAUCGAUGCAGUGAUAUCAAUCAUAAUCUUCCAUUCCGGAAAAUGUUCGUCGGAAAAAAUGUUUAUUUUACACUUUUGAUCCCAAUUUGUUAUACAAGUUAUGCAAUCUUUUUUACAAAACCAAUUUUGUUUGACUCGGUUUACAUGAGCUGGUUUUUUAACCCAUUUCUUGGGCUAGAUAGUGAUCUUUAUGUCAAUGUGCCUUAUACUGUGAACAACUGCUUGGUUUCGUUGUGUACUGCAAGUUUGUAUGGGUAUUUGAGCUUGUUGAUUCAUUGGAAAAAUAGACAUGCUCAAUCGGAUGCGUUGUCUAAAACGCAGAAACAGGUUUUCGUUCAAUCCGUGCUCAUCUGCAUUUGCAAAUCCACUGCUGCCACAAUUUACGUCUACAUGCAAUUCUUCCAUUCUCCACCGCCAGUCAUUCUUCUUGGACAGAUCGCUUGGCAAUGUGCACAUGCCUCUGUCUGCGUGGUCUACAUCACUUGGAAUCGAACGAUUCGUCGAAAAGUUGCAAUUCUGAUUCUUCCAGAAAGAUUCAGAAAUCGUGUGGGUGUUAUGAGCACAACAUUCCUCUCAACAGGACCAAUUUUGAAUCAAGUGGCGACGGAAAUUUUGAAAGCGAAUAAUGCUAAUUGUAAAACAAACAGUGGGAGUGUUUUUUGA